AUGGCUGAGAAGACGUCAUCUUCAGGGCCGUCCAUCGGCAGAUCCGUGACCCUCCACUUCAUCGGAGACUGGGGCAUGGCAAACUUCCACAGAAUCUGUGCCUUCCUAAGCCAGCAGUUCAGCGACCGUGCGGGCCCGCGCACCCGAGUGGCCACCUGGAGCAUGCGCGACGGCGGCGUUGAAGGCAUGCAGCUCGUCCACGACGGCGAGGCCGACCUCUGCAUCGCCACGCCCGCCAAGCUCAUGCAGACGGCGCUGACUGGGACGGGUCUGUUUGCCCGCACCGGGCCGAUGCCCUCAUUGCGCACGCUGGCGGUCUUGCCGCAGCGCGACCGAAUGCUGCUCGCCAUCGAUCCGAAAUGGGGCAUCCGGUCGUGGGCGGAGCUGAGGCGGAAGAAGCCCGCGUUGAGGAUCGCGACAUCUGUGGACGACGGCACCAACUUUAUCGGUUACGUCGCUAUGCGAUACAUGGAGGCCCACGGCGUCACGGAGGAGACGCUGAAGUCGUGGGGCGGCUCGUACGUCCUGACGACCCGGCCCGAGCAGGCCAUCGAGAACAUGCGAGUGGGCAACGCCGACGCCGUGCUUCAGGAAGCAAUUAUGACUCCUUGGUGGAGGAACCUGAUGGAGAACCACAGCUUGGAACCCAUUCCCAGCGAGGACGGUGCCGUCGCCAGGCUCAUUGCCCAGGAAGGCUUUCGGCGAGCUUCAAUCCGGGCUGGGUUCUGGGAGACCAUCCCCCAAGAGAUUCCGACCAUUGACUUCUCAGACUUCUUGAUCAUUGUGCGGGAGGACAUGCCUGAGGAUAUCGCGUACCUGCUGACCUGGUGUCUGGUCGAGCGUCGCCACGAGCUUGAGGCUCAGUACGCCCACAUUCCGCCAGAGAGAAGCCCUCUGUCGUAUCCGCUGGACCCUGUGGCGAUGGCAAAGCCCUCAAUUCCUUUGCAUGCGGGUGCCAGGAGGUUUUAUCAGGCAGGUGGUUAUCUAUCUUAG